UUUCAAUUUUUCAGUUAUUUCCCAACCCCUAAUAUUCAACAACAACAACAACAACAAUCAACAUUAAUAUAUCAACAUCCCCAAAAAUCCUCUUUUCAACAUUCACCCCAACCCCAAACAUUUAACGAAAAUUCUCUAAAUUUAUUAAAUUCAUCAAUUAAUCAACAACAAAUGUCUGAACAACAACACCAACAAUUUAAUUUUCAUCAACAUCCAAAUUCUCAACAAUUUCAACAACAACAUUUUCAACAUAAUGACUGGCAGCAACAACAAACAUAUUGGCAAAUACCGCCAAUGAGAAAAGAAUCAAUGCCAGCACUUCAUUUUAAUGAUCAUCAAACAUAUCAUCACCAUCCUCAUCACCACCAACCAAAUAAUUAUUUGCCACAAAAUUUAAAUGAUGGAAUAAUCCAACAACAAAAACACCAACCAAAUAAUAACAUUAUUCGGUCACAUUCAACAGCUAUAUUUUGUGUUCCUUCUCCUUCUCCUUCAACACAACAAAAUAAUAAUUUAAUAGAUAAUUCAAAUAAUUUUGGAAUAAAUAAUAAACAAGAUUAUAGAAGAACAAAAUCAAUUGUUUUACCCCCAACAAACGGAAAUGGCCGACAAACAGAAAAUAAUUUUAAUAAAAAUAAUUCCAAAACUUCAUUAACAACUCCAUCACUUCGCCGUUUUAAUUCCCAAUUACGUUCCCCUUGCCGUUACUCUUCUGAUUCUUUAAAUCCAACAACUCCUUCUGGGACUCUACCUCCAUUUAAGCCAUAUACACCUCCACCAAUUCUUUCACCAAUGAGGCAAGGAAGCGGGCUUUUUAAUAAAAUUGCUUCUUCCCAGAAAGAAUUUCGAAAAUAUUCUGCACUGGCGUCUACUUUAGUUUAUCAAAGUGCCAAUAGCAAUAUUGGCGCUAACGGCAGUAAUAAAAAUUGUAAAGGAACACUGGAAGGAGGAGAGGAAAUUUUAGGAAGGGGGAGAAGACGAGAAAUUUUUGGAGAAGAAGAGGAAAUGACAACAAAAAAUUUAAAAAAUGAAAUUAUUGUAAAAGAAGAAAUUGUGGAGGAAGAAGAAGAAAUGAGAAUUGAUGAAGAUGGAAAAUUAAAAAAAGGAGGAGGGGAAGAAGAAAGGGGGGAAAUGCAGAAUGGUAGUGGAAUUGAUAAAAAUACAAAAAUAACAUCUCCACAAACAGCAACAAAUGGCGAUUUAAGACCACCCAGAAAAAAUGGGAUUUUAUUUGCUGCAGAUGGUCCUUCCAACAAUGAGGUAAUUAUCCGUCCGCGCAUUAAAACCCUGCUAUAA